AUGAAGACUCGUAGAUGCCUACUUAUUCUCAUUUUCUUGAGCUAUACUGAAUGUCAAACUCUUCACAAAAGCUUGCUAGAUGCAACCUAUACAUUGCAUGUGCCAGGCCAAAAUUAUGUAGAGGAGAAUUUAAGAGACAUCACUAGCAUUAUGGUUGCUCAGUUUCUUCAGGAAUUGACUUAUGAUGAAGUACAAACCAUAGUUAAAGAACUGGUAAAUCUUGCAGAGAAGUGCAAAAACAUCAAGUCUCACGAGUCAUCUACAGGAUGUCUUCUCCAAUUGAUGACUUCCUUCCUAGAUCAUAUUUGUAAUAAUCAAGGAAUGGCUGACAAACAGAUUUUUUCUGACUGUUGCAAUAUAAGCAGCACAGCAAGACAUAAGUGCUUCCUGUUACACAAAAAAGAUGAUACGGAAUAUAGUGAUACAGUCCAAAUUCCAAGUCCUGAGAACAUCUGUGCAAUGGACAGAGAAAGCCAAAUGUCAAUAAAGAAGAGGUAUAUUUAUGAAACUUCCAGAAAGCAUCCCUUUUUAUAUGGGCCCACUAUUCUGACCAUGUCUGAUUGCUAUGAAACAGCUAUUCAGUCAUGCUGCCAAGAAGAAAAUAAGACAGAAUGUUUCCAGACAAAGCUAAAACCCCUGGGAAACUACAUUAAGGAAAUAUCUUUAAGACAUCACCAUUUAUGUGAAAUCGGUGUUAAAUUCAACCACAAAUUAGCUAAAGCAGUGGAGUUGAUUCUACUGACCAAAAAACAACCAAAAGCUGCCUUUUCUGAAAUUGCCAAGCUCACCAUAGAUGUUAAAAAUCUACAUCAGGCUUGCUGUGAAGGAAACACAGUAGUAUGUGUGCUUGGCAGGAGCCAACUUAUGAACUAUACCUGUUCUAAACAGGCUAGUCUAUCUAGCAAGAUCGCUCUAUGCUGUGAACUACCAGUGCCGUUCCAAGGGGAAUGCAUUAUUAAUUCAAAAAAUGAUGACAAGUUUGAACUUUCAUCUCUGCCACUCAGCAGAUUUACAGAAGACCAAUUUGUAUGCGAACAAUUCACCGAGAGGCCACACCACUUCCUCCAAGAGUUUCUUUAUGAAUAUUCAUGAAGGCAUCCUGAGUUGGCAGUUCCAGUGAUUUUAAGAGUGGAUACAAUAUAUCAAAAUUUAUUAGGAAAAUGCUGUAAAUUAGAAAAUCCUCUGGGAGGCUACAGCCAUGGGAAAGAGUUGUUCCAAAGAGUGGUUCAUGAAAGCCAUGAGCGUAUAAAAAGUCACUGCGAUUUACAUAAGAAAUUAGGGGAUAGUAACUUCCAUGACAGUCUCAUCAUCCUUUACACUAAGAAGAUCCCACAGCUUCCGGCUGAAGAGUUGGUUAUACUCACGAAGAAUAUGGCAGCUGCAGCUACCAAGUGUUGCCCACUGAGUGACGAACAGCAGUUUGUCUGCAUGGAGGAUGCAACAAAGCUGAUUCUUGGAGCUUUAUGCAGAAGACAUGAGGCCCAGCCCAUCAACAUGCGUGUGGGACGCUGCUGUGAUGACUCGUACGCUUUCAGGACACUGUGCUUUGAUGAGCUACAAGUUGAUGGAACUUCUGUUUCUCCAUCUUUAUUCUGUGACCAAGUAAUAAGUCUUACAGAGGACUUAUGCAACAUGCAGCAGAAGGAAUUCCAAACGGAAAAGCAAAAACUCCUCAGCAACCUUGUGAAACAGAGGCCACAGGCAACAGAGAUGCAAUUCCAGCCAAUUGUUGAGGAUUUUACUCACCUGGUGGAGCGGUGUUGCGAAGCCAAGAGAAGCGGAAUGUGUUUCCAAGAAGAGGGGUCCAAACUGAUUGAAAAGUGCCAUUCUCUUUUGGGAGGUUAA